AAAGAAAUCCAAUGAAUCUUUUGGGUUUGAAUUGGCUACUUCCCCGCAGUCAAAUUUUUGGCAAAUAAUUUUGUAUUUUCAGGAGCCAUCAAAAACUGCCAACGAAAUUGGGAAACUUCAUUUCAUGUUCAAACCACGUUUCAAAUGGCCAAUAAAGGCAAAUUUGUAGAUAGGAAUCCGUUGAUCUGCUCGGCGGGAGCUGCCAAUCAGUUGGGAGAAACUGUUUCGGACUUAUCCCAUCAAUACUUGGUGGAGGAUUAUGUAGAAAAUCUGUUUCAAAAAAAUAAGAAUCAAUUCAAAGAAGCUGAAAUACAUGCCAGGGAUCUGCCACGAAAGCCUUCGACUUACGAAGGAAUCGAGGAUUGCAUCUGCCCACCAGAGAAAACCAAAUUUCAGGAGUUCUAUGAUAAAGUCUACGAAGCAAAAUACAAAUCCCUGAAGGAGCGUCCUUUGGGGAAAAGUCGCGACUGUUCUUCGAAGCCAGAGGACAUCAGUAAUGAGACUACGACAUUUGGGCGCACCACUGAGGUUGGCGUACCCCUCUAUGAUCUUGUUUUGCCGAAUAAGACAUCAUUUCAAGUCAUCUAUGAACAUGAAGAGGGUCACGAUAAAUACCUCCUCUCACACAAGCAUUAUUUCCCGGCUGAAAGGAUUAACAGGAAAUAUCAGUCACCAUCCUUUGAUCCCAAACUUACUUUUGGCAAUAAAACGAAAGUGGAAGCUGGGGGAAAACUUGUGAAAAGGGCCCUGAAUGACCCUUUGUUUCCAGACUACUUGUGCAUUUCCAACAUUCGACAACGUGAAUUUUUGGAUAGAGUUAGAAGCAAACUAGGAAAACCGUUACAGCCGCAUCAAAUACUCAAGAAGCUUCCAGCAGAUUACAUCUUUGGGGUGUCCACUAAAUCCGACCGUUACUCCGGCGAGGAGUUGAUUUACAACCGUGAUCCCUACGAUACAAAAACCAGAAUUCACGAAAGCAUAGCCUAUUUGAACCGCGUUCGUCAUUGCCUGAAGAAGCGAAUGGGAUAUGACAUGGAAGAUAUGCGUUUGGAAGCCGAAGAAAUGGAUUCUCAGUUCACAGGACUGCUGGACCUGAAAGCCUGUCUAUGUAUCAUGAAAGACCAUUUCCUCGAAGUUGAAGAGGACAAGAUCAGACUUCUCCUGCAUCAUUUUAAAAUGCUCCACGAAAAUGACAAAGUUCAGUUCAAGCAGUUUAUGAACCUCUUGGACUGUCGGCAUUCAGUCCCGGAUAUUGGCAGGUUGGAUGAUGUGUUUGUGGCAGAUGCUCCUACUCUCACGACCUAUCGGAAUUUUUCACGGGACGUGUACUUCGAUGACCCAGCUUGUAAAGUUGAACCGGCUGGAAUGCCAUCACAAUCUGUGGAAAGAACUUUACCAAAAGUUGGUCUAGGGACUAUCCGGGCCGAUAUGGACAGCUUAACUGAAGAGACGAGUGUCCGGACUAUGUUGUGGCAAAGUACGCCCACUGCCUUUGGAGUGAGCCAUCGUGAGUAUUUUUUGCCCAGAACCAAAGAAGAAAUUAGGAGAAUAUUUUCCAAUAUUGGAUAUGAUCUGCAAGAGGAAAGCAACUUCGAAGAAUUAUGGUUGGAGGCGAGGAAUAAUUGGACAAGUAAAGACGAAAUGGUAUCAGUCGAUGCUUUUCGUUCUGUGCUAAAACGUAGGGGGAUGGAAACAAGGUAAAGCUGUUUGGAAGUUCAAUGGAGUAUGCUUUCCUUUUGGGACACUCUAUUUGUAAAAUUAUGAUUGUAUAUUUUUUACUGAUAGUGAAAUACGGUAAAAUACUUAG